AUGGACCACGAUAUUCUCAGCGAGAGCUCGAGCACAAUCGGAGAUGAUUGGGUAAAAGACGCAAACGGAUCCGGCUCUCAGGAGUCCUCGUCGGUGAAAGAUGUAGUGGAUGUGUUGCGGGAAAUCUCAACCUCAUCAGAAGGAUCUCCAGUGCAAAAGGAAUCGGAGCUGAAAGCAAGGAAAUGGAUUCGCCUGCUCGGCAUGGCCAAUCGACCGGAUCCAUUGAAUGAUUGGGAUCAGUUAUACAAUCUGAAAAGCCAAAGUCAAUUGAGAAAUGAUUGCCGCUUGUUAGCUAAACAAAUCGGCAACACCCGCUCCGUACCUGAAUUGGAAUCCUUCUUCACAUUGUAUUGCAAGAAGAGAAAUAUGGAUUAUGAUAAAGACUCCGGCUGGACGCUUUUACUGGAAAAGUUGAUCAAAUUUGACUAUCCAAAUGAACUUCUCUUCAAUAUUUUCUUUGGAAUCACCACAAAAUACACUCCAAGAGAAACCAAACCCGGUGCCCAAGUGUUUGACCUGUUUCGAUUAUUGUUGCAAUACCAUGAACCAGAACUUUCCUCGCAUUUGGAAUCGAUUAAAUGCUCUUCUCAAACGUAUGCCAGAGAAUGGUUCUCAACUCUAUAUGCUUGUGCUGUUGAUGAUAAGACUUGUGCGGCUUUAUGGGAUUUGUACAUAGAACGGGGUGACCCCUUUUUGGUGUUUUUCUUGGCUCUGGCCAUGGUCAUCAAUGCAAAAGAGCAAUUGUUGGUAUUCAAAAAGGAGCAAAGAGAAGAAGCUGGAAAACUGUUGUCUGAGUUGCCAAAAAGUUUGACCCCGGGGGAUAUCAAUGAUUUUGUGGAAGUUGCUUUGUACUACUCGUUGAGAACACCGCAAUGCUUGAGAGAGGAUUUCCAUGGAGCCCUCUUUGGCUCGAAUCUACUUGAUGACUUUUCCGAGAAAAACAUCCGACAAAUGAUUUGCCUCUCGGUGACACCGAACGAACUUCUACGCAAAGAUCUCAAUACAGCUAUUGAAGCGCUUCUACCCACUUCCUAUUUUGUGAUUGAUUGCCGAAAUCAGGAGGCUUUCCGCUCUGGCCAAGUCUAUGGCUCUUUCAACCUCGAUGCCCAAUUGUUUGUGGAUGCUCCAGAGCAAUUUGCUUUCGCACACAAAGCCCAAGAGGAGUACAAAUCGGCUCAACACCCUGAAGAUCAUUAUUGUUUCUUGGGUUAUGGAGAUCAAGAAAAGGAUCAAUACAUGCAUAUGGUAAUCUCGAAAUUUCUGAGAGAUGGGAAGAUGCAUGUUUCUUUUCUGGAAGGCGGUUAUAGAGGACUUCACGCAUUGCUGACGGAAACGGGACGCUUGAGAGUGAUCUCUUCACAUGAUCAACAUCGAUGUCCCGAAUGCGCCACACAAAGCCCUUCGAAAACGGCUUGGGGUCUCAUGGGCUUGAUGAAGAACGCGGUGAUCAGCAAAGGAGCCGCUGUGAAGGGAAAGGUCCAAGAGCUCGUCCAAUCGCCCACCGAACCCCACAUCAAACACGCCGAUCCAAAAGAUCGACAUGGAAAGAAAUACAAGAAGGAAAAGUCAGUGUUUUCUUUGGAUGAUGAGGGAAGUGAUGAGGAUCCGUUCACUGCAGAUGGAAACACUCAAAAACAUGAUACGGAGAAGGAGAAGGUGUCCCUGGAUAUCUACAAGUCUCAAGCUGACGUCCUUGAAUGUUUCGAGUGCCAAGAAGUGAUGAAAGGCGGCUUCUUGAUUCCUGCACACAUUGCUUUAACGAGAACUCAUAUGCACAUUUUGCACGAUGUCCUUGGAACAUCUGGAAUCGUCACCACCGAGUCGAGACACCCACUACAGACGGUGAUCCGAGUGACGAGCAAGAAGAAAAUCCCAGAGUUGCUGACGUUCAAAUUCGGAUAUGAACACUCGCCCGGAGAGCACAGCAUCAUUGCUUCGCAUAGAUUCCUCAUUUCAAAAGCUGGCGAAUGCGCAAAAGCGGUAAAGACGGCAAUUUUCGCUUUACGACCGCUUCCAGAUGAA